AUGGCAGGAACCUCCUCCAACGCAACCACGAACACCAUUAUGGACGAAUUGCAAAAGGUUCGGCGGCACUUGGACAAGCUCGACAUCAACGCUGACUACGUCGUUACCUGGAACGGCGCCUUGAACGUUCUGGAAGUGACAGUGGCGGCCUCGGUGUUCCUGAUGCUCCAGUGCGUGGGCACUUCGGGCGCGUCCCUCAAGUUCAUGUCCCUGCUCACCUUUUCCCACGCCGUGCAAGGACUUCAUUUCCUCGUUUCGGGCCUCUUGUCCAGGGGUAUAUCCGCCCUCCUGGCCAACUCCUUUUAUUACAUGAGCUUCCAGCUUGUUGCCUCCGGGGUCUACAUCUUCUUGGGCAUCUGCUCUCUCUGCACCUGCCGCCUGGGCAUCCUGGAGUGCGCCGAAGGAAUCGUAGCAGGGGCAUUGGCGGUUGGUCUCUUCCUGGUGCAUCUAAUCCACACGGCCUUCCUCCUCACGGGCAACGUUUCCACCAAGCUGAAUGUGAACUUGACCAAGAUUCUGCGUGGGAUCAAUUUAACGGACGUUCUCCACCCUCCCGACGCGUGACGAACGCUCCGUAGGAACCGGCGCGUUUUCCCGCAAAGGCACUCGGUGCGGGAGAGCCAGUGGCUGCAACCUGGCGAACGACGGGGCUGAAAGUGUCUGUAGACCCAGAGUGUCGCUGACAAACCUAAGAAACCCAGGGCGUGACGAGUCCCUAUAGCACCUUACUGUGGCUCAGCAGCCAAUCAGACUGUUUCAUUAGCCUAUUUGAACGCCGAAGAACCAAUCACGAAGCGAGUAGCAUGAAUUAACAUAAUGAGCCACGC